UAGUAGCCUGACACACCCAGUUAUCUAUAUGAUCAGCUGCACUGUGCAAACACUUCCCCCUGUCAGACCUUACAGAGAGUCCUGAGACUCAUCCAUUCCCAGGAGAGCUCUACACCAGCAGCUCAGAUCCACUGGAAACAUGUCGGAUGUGAAGGCGGAGAGCGGUGAUCAGCCGGCAAUUGCCAUCUGUCCAAGGCCUGAGGAGAGUACCGCUGUUCCACCUGAUAUUCCAGUGCCGGAGAACGACAGCCAGUCCACACCUGUUGCCAUCUGUCCGAGGCCCGAGGACGGUACUGUUGUUCCAACUGAUAUUCCAGUGCCAGAGAACGAUGCCCUAUCCACACCUGUUGCCAUCUGUCCGAGGCCAGAGGACUGUACCGUUGUUCCACCUGAUAUUCCAGUGCCGGAGAACGAUGCCCAGUCCACAACUGUUGCCAUCUGUCCGAGGCCAGAGGACUGUACCGUUGUUCCACCUGAUAUUCCAGUGCCGGAGAACGAUGCCCAGUCCACACCUGUUGCCAUCUGUCCGAGGCCCGAGGACGGUACUGUUCCAACUGAUAUUCCAGUGCCAGAGAACGAUGCCCUGUCCACACCUGUUUGUGUGUUGACAGUUGCCAUCUGUCCGAGGCCCGAGGACGGCACCAUUGUUCAUCCUUAUAUUCCAGUGCCGGAGAACGAUGCCCAGUCCACACCUGUUGCCAUCUGUCCGAGGCCCGAGGACGGUGCCAUUGUUUCACCUGAUAUUCCAGUGCCAGAGAACGAUGCCCAGUCCACACCUGAUCUUAAGCCAGAUACCUCUAAAGAGCCAGAUGAGGGAGCCCCUGAGGUGGCAGCAGGUGGCAAUGAGGUGGUGCAUGGCACUGGUGAAGUGACGACAGAAGCCGGUGGGACAACAACAGAUUCCAGUAAGGCAACAACAGAAGCAAGUGAAGCAAAGACAGGAGCCAGUGAGGAGGCGACAGAUGCUGGUGAGGCAACGACGGGAACCAGUAAAGAGGCACCAGUAGAUGCCAGUAAGGCAGAAACAGAUGUCAGUGAGGCAUCAGGAACCAGUGAGGCGCCGAAAGAUGCCAGUGAACCGACAACAGGAACCAGUGAGGCAACACCAGAUGCCAGUGAGGCAACGGCAGGAGCCAGUGAGGCGGCAACAGAUGUCAGUGAGCCAACAACAGAAGCUAGUGAGGUGACACCAGAUGCCAGUGAACCGGCUACAGUAGUCAUUGAGGAGGUGACACCAGAUGCCAGUGAGGCGACGACAGUAGUCAUUGAGGAGGUGACACCAGAUGCCAGUGAGGCGACGACAGUAGUCAUUGAGGUGGUGACACCAGAUGCCAGUGAGGCAACAACAGUAGUCAUUGAGGAGGUGACACCAGAUGCCAGUGAGGCGACGACAGUAGUCAUUGAGGAGGUGACACCAGAUGCCAGUGAGGCACUAACAGUAAACAUUGAGGAGGUGAUAGAUGUCAGUGAGCCAACAGAUGCCUGUCAGGUGACAGCAGAUGCCGGUGAUGUGGCGACAGCCGGUGAGGAUCCCGUUGUUGACUCCUCUGCGUCACCUAGCGACCAGCCCAAGGAAAGUGAGGCCCCUGCUGUUUGGAGCCAAUUCAUCCCCACUGAUGCACUUGGCCUCCCAGAAUUAACUCUUGCAGACGCCUCCCUUGCUGAGUCUACCAGUGCCUAAUGUGUUUGGUCUGUGAGAGCGGACCGACUUCCCACGAAUGCUGGCAUCUCCCUGUGGAUCUUGCUGCAUCCGUAGCCGAUUCUGUACCAUGUCAGUCAAAUUGUAAAUGUCCCUGGUUACAGGAUAUGCCGGAUGAGGACUAACGGCUUGACCACCAUUCGGCCUGUCUCCUCCUGGACGGUGCAAUGGGCCUCAGCAACAUUUAAUACUUAGGAAACGGUCUCUCUCUGUGGGUGGAGGAAGUAAAGCUGCUCUUUCUGUCUCACAACCGCUCUUCAUUAUUGGCUUGUGUCUCAAAGUCUUCUCCUCACCACCCUCUGUGCCAGCUCUGGUCUAAUCAAAUCUCUGGCCGUGCUCUGUUCUGUUCCAGUCCAAUAAAGUUAAUGUGAAUUUAAGAAAAAAAUAA